AUGGCCCUGGUCGACGCAGACUACAAGUUUCUCUGGAUUGAUGUCGGCUCUGAUGGUUCCAGCAACGAUGCCAGUAUCUACAAUGGGUCAGAAUUGAAGGAAGGCCUGGAGAGUCCGAACAACAUAUUCAAUCUCCCUGAAGAGAAGUCUUUACCUGGUGAUGACUUUCCUGUCCCAUACUACAUAGUAGGGGACAAUGCUUUUGGGAUCAACAAGAGCCUGAUGAACCCGUUUUCCAUCAGAAACAUGGAGCAUCAUGAGAGAAUAUUUAACUACAGACUCUCCAGAGCCAGGCGUGUAGUGUUGAAUGCCUUUGGUAUUCUGCCACACAAGUUCCGAAUUUUGCUGAGGACCAUGAACCAGAGGCCAGAGGCAUGCAGAAAAAAUCAUAACAACUUGUGUGAUCCUUCACAAUCUCAUCAGACUGAGAUAUCCAGCCACCCACAACAACCUGAUGGACUUGGAGGACCAGAACCAGAAUGUCAUCCCAGGGGCAUGGAGAAAUGA